AUGCUUGAGGCGGGAUGUGCCAUCACCUCUCCCAACACUGGAAAGACAUAUCGUUUAAUUGAAGACAUUGGGUCGGGGACAUACGCUCGGUGCUGGAGCGCAAAUCUAGAAGGAAGCACUGAAAAGGUUUGUAUAAAGGAAAUCUUCUAUGAGCAAUACACAGCUAAAGAGAAGAAGCACGCGGCCAAAGAGGUGGAGCUACAUUCUACUUUCAAGAACAAUUAUAUCAUCAAGUUCAGAGAGUCCUUUAUGCAUGCCCCUAACGAUAUGGGUCUCGGCAAUGGGUCGGAUACCAUGAUCAUAGUGAUGGAUCUUGCUGAUAGUUCAUUAGAUCAAAUUAUAAUGCACCGUAAAGAAAAGGGAGCAUAUUUUCGCAUAGAGGAGGCCUUUAGUUUAUUUGUACAAAUAGUCUCAGGGGUUGCAUAUCUCCAUGCGUUCAACCUCAUCCAUAGGGAUAUCUCCGCAAAGAAUAUUCUAGUGAUGCUGAAGUCUCCCAGGGACCCCUUGAGCCAAAUUAUGAUGGUCAAACUAGCGGAUUUUGGCACAUGCAAGCACAUCGAUCCCAAACUCGUCAACAUGGAUCAUACAGCAAUUGGCACCAUUCAGACCAUGGCGCCAGAGGUUUUCAAUGAGGAGGGAUAUGACAACAAGAUAGACAUCUGGUCGUUAGGGUGUGUUCUUUACGAAAUAUUAACUUUCAAUCCGCUUUUUUCUGGUGGCAACUUUUUCGCUAUAAUGAAUAAGAUUCAGAAAUACGAGUCUUUUACCGAUAGUCGUAACAUAAUUAAACAAUACCAUGAGCACGAGCACUCUGUUGUGUUGACAGCGAUUUUAGAACGAACCUUAUCAAAGCUUCCCAAUAAGCGUCCUAGCUGUGAUGACAUCCUUAAGGGGUUAUUGAAUGUAGCUAGCUUUGUGCGCUCACCGCCACAUAUGUUUGCUGGCGCUACUGGUGGCAACACUAUUAGGUGGGGAGACGCUGAAAAGCAGCGUAGUGGUGCAUCCAGAGAUCGCAUUACCAUCAAUGAGAAAGGCAGCAGGGAUCGUGAAUCUGUUCUCACUUUAGCUAUGAACAAUGUCGGCACACCGACACGAAGUGUCUCUGAGCCGCGGCUUCCGACCAAGUCUCUUCGUCGCUCUGACAGCACAAAGUCGUCUCUAGCAUCCAUUACAGCCAUGUCUGAGUUGGAGCGGGAGAGGGGGAGGAGUGCACCGCGACCAGCCUCAUCACUGGCAGAGGUAGGAUUGAUUGGAGCUGGCGUCGGCAUGAGACUUCAGAAGGAAUUUGAAGAGCGGAAGGGGUUGCGACGGCCUCGUUCUCCCAGUGAGUUAUUUAGUAAUCCUGAGAGUAGGAGCGUAAGCACCAAUGCAAGAGAAGAUAAGAGGGACCCUAACGUUCGUGUUAUGCGAAAGAUAUCACGCUCAUUACUUACUCAGUUUGUGUUCAUUGACUUCCACGACGGGGUUUACAAGAUAGGUCUAGAUAGUCUUUCUCGCCACUCCUCUCGAGGCCAUUCACGCAUAGAGUCUCGCUCUUCUGAGCCUGGCCAGGACCACGAAUACGAUACAACUGACGGGGCAAAGCAAAUCCUUCAGCCGCCUUUAACUGAUGUUUUAAACAGUGGUAUACCUGCUCCAGCUCCAUCAGUUAAUCAACGGUCGCACGUAAGUCGCGGUCGCGAAUAUAAGGAACAAUAUGCGACUUCCAGCAACAACCACCGUGAUAGACAAGAAGAUACCCGCCAGAAGCGGAAGACUAAUCCCUCUCUCAAGAAAGUAGAAUCAAACUCAGCUGCCGCUAAGGUGGCUGCUAUCUUAAGCGAGCAGAGACCAACGGCCGCCAGCUCUGGGAGUCAAUCAAAGCCUGCAGCUAUCGGCAGCAGUGGCAACAGUAACAAUGGUCAGGCCCUGGGCUUAGCGGCUGGGGCAGGAAAAUGUGGAGAUGCUCUUCAUGGAGGUCUGAAUGCAGAGGCAAUUGCCAGGGAAAAGGCGGCACAUGAUGCACGAAUAAGGGUGGCACGAAACACUGGUUCUGAUGUCUCCCAAUAUCAGCGGGACGCACGGCGAGCAGCAAAACUAGAUGGAAAGUCUUCCCUAGAGGCAGAUGCUACGCAUGAGCAAAGGAAGGUUACCCCUGUUGCUCACUCACACGCUUCGAGCGCAUCCUCCUUCAAAAACGUACCAGGACACGCUGAAGAAAUAGGGAAGUUUAAAAAGACCAUGCUUCAUCAGAAAAGUCUCAAGAAUAUCAAGGAACCCGAAGUUCAGAUAUUCACCGGUCUUCCAGAUGAGACGCUUAAGGCAAUGGAAGCAAACUAG